AUGGGGCUGCUCACCCUGAAAGAAGACAGGCCGACGCCCAAGUGCGUCUACAACUGGCGCGUCUACGCCUGCGCAUCCAUCGCAUCCUUCGCCUCGUGUAUGAUCGGGUACGAUUCGGCCUUCAUAGGCACCACCAUCCAUCUCCCGUCGUUCCAGGACGAGUUCGGGUUUGAAAAGCUCACCGCCGGCGAAAAGGCCUCCCUGUCCGCCAACAUCGUGUCGCUGUACCAGGCCGGCGCCUUCUUUGGCAGCUUCUUCGCCUAUGUCUCGACCCAUUACCUCGGCCGGCGCAAGUCGCUCUUCGUCUUCGCCGCCGUCUUCAUCCUCGGCGCGGGUUUGAUGCUUGGUGCCACCGGCGAACGGGGGCUCGGACUCAUCUAUGGCGGCCGCGUGCUAGCUGGUAUCGGUGUAGGCGCCUGUUCGAUGAUCGUGCCUAUCUACAUCUCCGAGCUGUCUCCGCCUGCUGCCCGGGGACAGCUGGUGGGGAUCUAUGAGCUUGGAUGGCAGAUCGGAGGCCUGGUCGGUUUCUGGAUCAACUAUGGCGUCAACACGACACUGGCCCCGAGUCACAGCCAGUGGCUCAUCCCCUUUGCGGUGCAGUUGAUCCCCGCCGGCCUUUUAUUCCUCGGCGCCCUGUGGAUUAGGGAGUCUCCAAGGUGGCUGUUUUUGAAUAACAAGCGAGAAGAGGCCAUGGCAAACCUGUGCUGGAUCCGCAAGCUCGACGUGAACGACCUGUACAUCAUCGAAGAAGUCAAUUACAUCGACGAAGAAUUGGAGCGGUACAGGCGAGAGGUCGGCGCCGGCUUCUGGAAGCCCUUUGCCUCUCUGAAAUCGAAGACGGUCCAGUGGCGUUUCUUCCUGGGAAGCAUGUUCUUUCUCUGGCAGAAUGGUUCCGGCAUCAACGCCAUCAACUAUUACAGCCCUACAGUGUUCUCGAGCUUGGGAAUCACGGGAACCAACACGGGCUUCUUGACGACUGGAAUCUUUGGUGUCGUCAAGACUGUCGUCACUAUAAUUUGGCUCCUGUACCUGAUCGAUCACCUGGGCCGCCGAAAUCUCCUGCUUUUUGGAGCAUUUGGUGGCUCUGUUUGCAUGUGGAUCAUCGGCGCAUACAUCAAGGUUGCCGAUCCCGCGAAGAACCCGACUAAGGAGCUGUCCUCUGGCGGUAUCGCUGCCAUCUUCUUCUUCUACCUGUGGACAGUCUUCUACACGCCGAGCUGGAACGGAACGCCAUGGGUUCUGAACUCGGAGAUGUUCGACCAGAAUACAAGAUCUCUGGGUCAGGCCUCGGCUGCUGCAAGCAAUUGGUUCUGGAACUUCAUCAUCUCUCGCUUCACACCGCAGAUGUUCCUGACGAUGGGCUACGGCGUGUAUUUCUUCUUCGCCUCGCUCAUGCUUCUGUCCGUCGUUUUCGUCUUCUUCCUAGUGCCCGAGACCAAGGGGAUUCCACUGGAGGCUAUGGACAGGCUCUUUGCGGUGAAGCCAGUGCGCAUGGCGCGCGCGCAAAUCAUGGAUGAGCUACAUGCGCAAGACGCCGAGUUCCGGAGGAAUGCGGAGGGGGUCAACCUCUCCGAGGAAAAGAUGCAGUUUGAGCAUAAAGAUGCAGUUUGA